UUGGAAGGAUGACGUCUAGGAAGAAGGUCCUGCUGAAGGUCAUCAUCCUGGGAGACUCGGGGGUCGGUAAGACGUCUCUCAUGAACCAGUAUGUCAACAAGAAGUUCAGCAACCAGUACAAAGCCACAAUAGGAGCAGACUUCCUCACCAAGGAGGUCAUGGUGGACGACAGGCUAGUGACCAUGCAGGUAAGCGGGCCUCGCGGCCGGGCCUCCACCUUUUGCUCGCUGUGACUCUUCUCCACGCCUGGAUGUUUCUCUUCCCGCGUCUU